AUGUCAAACAAUUACACAUACCAAAAUAAUUAUUCUACCACCACGUACGGCGCACAAGGCGGGGCUGAUGGCGGCGGAUUUGUUCAAGGAGGAUAUGGUGGAUCGCAGGGAGGAAGUCAAGAUAGUCCUGGAGGAACAAAGACAUAUGGCAAAGAUACUUUGCGACCGGUAACCAUCAAGCAAAUCCUUGAUGCUGAGCAGCCACAUCCGGAUGCAGAUUUCAAAAUCGAUGGAUCAGAAGUAACUCAGCUCUCAUUCAUCGGCCAAGUCCACUCCAUCUCCACGCAAGCUACAAAUAAUACCUACAAAGUUGACGACGGCACCGGCCUCAUUGAAGUAAAGCAAUGGAUCGACAAUGACGCUGAGCCCGAAAACGCAAAAUCUGUUCCGCAAGAAGGUCAAUAUAUACACGUGUGGGGUCGUCUCAAAUCAUUCCACGAUAAACGUCACGUAGGAGCUCAUAUUAUCCGACCCGUUACCGACAUGAACGAAGUUACAUUCCACGGACUAGAAGCUACAUUGGUACAUUUACAUUUCACACGGGGUCCUAUUCCUACCGCAGGCGCAGGCGCGGUGAAGACAGAGAGCGGCGAUGGAAUGUUUGUUGAUUCAUACGGUGGUAACAAUGUCAGCACAGCUACCGGUGGUAGAGUAUUAGCCGCGCAUGUAACGCCUAAUUCGAGAGCGGUAUUCAACUUAUUACAAUUGGAGCCUCAAAACAACGAGGGUCUUAAUGUAAAUGUAAUUGCAACCAAGCUUGGCAUGCCAGUCGCAGAGGUCUAUAAAUGUGGGGAUCAGCUAUUAUCGGAGGGCUGCAUCUACACAACGGUUGACGAUGAGACAUGGGCUAUAUUGGAGUACUAG